CAUCUUCUAUAAUUUAUCGCACCGCAUAAACGAAUCAUAAACAACAUCUCAAACACUUUGAUAAACCACGGCAACUUCUGCAAACUCCUUCGCAGUUGCUCCGGCUGUUAUUUAGAGAGUCGCAACUUUUUUCAAGCAGCUUUUCACAUCGCACCAUCGCCACCAUGCCAGGCGCAAAGUUGUGGGCAAAGAUGAUCGGAUCUGGUGCCGUGCUGUGUAUCGGCGGUCCUUACCUGAUCUACUACGUCACGCCAACCGAGGAGGAAUUGUUCAUGAGAUACAACCCCGAGCUGCAGAGAAGAUCGCUGGAGAAUCGCAAGGAGAAGCAGGAGAACUUCAACGAGUGGGUCACGCAGCUCAAGAAGCACUCGAAGAGUGAUUUGCCUCUCUGGACAGCCUGGGACAAGUCAUCAGCCGAGCACAAAGAAGCCGGCGUUGCCCGCCUGCUCGAGGAACGCAGAAUCGCCGAACAAGCCGCCCAAGCCAGAAAGGACGAGAUCAAGAACUCUGCCGCUUGAAAUCU